AUGGACAACCAGACUGUCUUGGCUGUCCAGUCGUUACUAGAUGGCCAAGGAGGGGUUCCCGAUCCCACAGGCCAGAGCGUCAGCGCGCCUCCUGCCAUCCAGCCCCUAGAUGAUGAAGAUGUCUUUCUCUGCGGGAAGUGUAAGAAGCAGUUCAACUUGUUGCCAGCGUUCAUGACCCACAAGCGGGAACAAUGCCAGGGGAAUGCCCCACCCUUGGCCACCGUCUCGCUGGCCACCAAUAGCAUCUACACCCCUCCAGCAGCACCCACAGCCGUUCAGCAAGUCCCGCCUCCUGCCAAUCGCCAGAGCAGCCUCAACAUGCAUUCUGCACCCGGCUACCUGCCCCAGCCUCCACCCCCACCUCCCCCACCUCCGCCUCUGCCCCCGCCCCCACCUCCUCAGCCCCCGCCACCCCCUCCCCAGAGCCUGGGCCCCCCUGGGCGGCCCAACCCGGGUGGGAACGGCGUGGUGGAGGUCUACAGUGCCACUGCAUCCCUGGCCGGGAGCGGAACGGUGGAGAUCCAGGCAUUGGGAAUGCCUCCCUACCCGCCCCUGGAGGUGCCAAACCAGUGUGUAGAGGCUCCAGUGUAUGCCACCCCGCCGGGAUACAGCCCGGGCAGACAGGGGUUCAAACCGAAAGGACCAGACCCUGCUGCCCCCAUGACCAGCGCCACCGCGGGCACCGUGGCCGCCUUUGACUCUCCGCCGACGCUGAAGACCCGACGGGCCAAAGGUGGCAGUGGACUCCCGGAAGCUGCGGGCAAGCCAAAGGCUCAGAAACUCAAGUGCUCCUACUGCGACAAGUCAUUCACCAAGAACUUUGACCUGCAGCAGCAUGUCCGGAGCCACACUGGUGAGAAGCCCUUCCAGUGCAUUGCCUGUGGCCGUGCCUUUGCCCAGAAGUCUAAUGUUAAGAAACACAUGCAGACCCACAAGGUGUGGCCCCCAGGGCGCAGUGGUGGCACCGUCUCUCGGAACUCUGUGACCGUGCAGGUCAUGGCCUUGAACCCUAGCAGACAGGAGGAUGAGGACAGCACAGGGCUGGGCCAGACCCUGUCGAGCACCCCUCAGGCCCAGGCCUUGCCCACGGAAGGUGAGGAUGAGGGGGACAAGCUGGAGACCAAGCAGGUGGUCCUCAUCGACAGCUCCUACCUGUGCCAGUUCUGCCCCAGCAAGUUCAGCACCUACUUCCAGCUCAAGUCUCACAUGACCCAGCAUAAAAACGAGCAGGUCUACAAAUGCGUGGUCAAGAGCUGUGCCCAGACGUUCCCGAAGCUGGACACCUUCCUGGAACACAUCAAGAGCCACCAGGAGGAGCUGAGCUACCGCUGCCACCUGUGUGGCAAGGACUUCCCCUCGCUGUAUGACUUGGGGGUGCACCAGUACUCCCACAGCCUCCUGCCGCAGCACAGCCCCAAGAAGGACAGCGCCGUCUACAAGUGUGUCCAAUGCGUCAACAAAUACUCCACCCCCGAAGCCCUCGACCACCACCUGCAGACCGCCACUCACAACUUUCCCUGCCCGCACUGCCAAAAGGUGUUUCCUUGCGAACGUUACCUGCGGCGGCACCUGCCCACCCACGGCACUGGUGGGCGGUUCAAGUGCCAGGUGUGCAAGAAGUUCUUCCGGCGGGAGCACUACCUCAAGCUACACGCGCACAUCCACUCAGGUGAGAAGCCCUACAAAUGCUCCGUGUGCGAGUCUGCCUUCAACCGCAAGGACAAACUGAAGAGACACAUGUUGAUCCAUGAGCCAUUCAAGAAAUACAAAUGCCCCUGACGAGUGGCUUUGGGUUCUAGGUCACACACAGGCUGCAGUAAGGAGUUCAACCGGCCGGACAAGCUGAAGGCCCACAUCCUCUCUCAUUCCGGCAUGAAGCUCCACCAGUGCGCCCUGUGUAGCAAGUCCUUCAGCCGCCGCGCCCACCUCGCCGAGCACCAGCGCGCCCACACUGGCAACUACAAGUUCCGCUGCGCCGGCUGCGCCAAGGGCUUCUCCCGCCACAAGUACCUCAAGGAGCACCGCUGCCGCCUUGGCCCCCCGAAGGACAAGGACCUGCAAGCCCGGAGGCCUGCGCGGAGGAGGGCGAGCGCCCGUGUAGGCGGCAGCGGCGAGUGCAAGAUGGACGCGCCCCUGCCUGACCCACUGGGGCUGGGGGAGCUGAAGGACGCAGGAGCUGCGGCAGUGCCCGAGGCCGCGACGGGCAAGCCACCCUUUGCCGAGCCGGAUGCCGUGCUGUCCAUCGUGGUGGGCGGCGAGCCCGAGCUGGUGGUCCCCGGGCAUGCUGAGGGGCUGGGCUCCAACCUGGCCCUGGCAGAGCUGCAGGCGGGGGCCGAGGGCCCUUGUGCCAUGCUGGCGGUGCCCGUCUACAUCCAGGCCUCUGAGUGAUGGGCCUGUGGCUGACCUGAUGCUUGGGGUGGGGCCGGCACCUCCGGAGGACACCGGAGAUGUCCAUUCCGCUGGAAGCAGAAAUCCUGGGGGAAUAUGGAUAAGCCCUGGGUUGGCCUGCUGAGAGCCCCACCGCAUCGUGGGAAGUGGGGUGGGGCUGCCCAUGAGGAGGAUGGCGAGAGAUGGCCGGAGCCCGAGCAGCUCAGGGUCUGGCUGGUCCAGCCCGGGGGACGGCAGCCAGAGAGAGGAGGUGGACCUUCCCACCCACCCGGCUGCCUGUACGCGUAUUGGUCUUUUUAGACGCCCGAUGGGGCCGGAGCCCCUAUCUUGGGGACCUUUUUAACCCGUGAUUCCUCACGGCAUCCUCCAGACCCCUGUGGCAUGCGCGUUUCGGAGGCACCCAAGUGCAAGCAGCAGCCCCCAUCAGACGUCCCACCCCAAGUGUUGCCACUUUUCUCUUGAGUCCUGCGUUCCUCCGGCGUGGACUGGGGCUUCGGAGCCCUACCUCACAGUCUGUCACGGGGAUCCAGACUCAUGAAAUGUGUCAAGGGUUUGGCAUGAUGCCUGACAACUGGGAAAGCGCUCAAUAAAUGCGCUGCUGGUGGUCAAGAACUGCCGCUGCUGGUGGUCGAGAACUGCCGCUCCUGAAGUUAGUAGCUCAACUUGUAACCCACUCGCCACCAGGGCUCCCUGCCAGGAUCUUCCAAUGUGAUCCCUUUCGGAGCAGCCGGUAGUGGUCGCCGGGCACCAUCUGAUUCUAGUCUCCGAGUUGUGGAAGCCGAGGUUUGUGCGGCCCAUUCGUGCAUUGCACUCAUCGUAAAACCACAAACUUCUUAGAAAAUGCACAGGCUGUGCUGCAGCUGAGUCCAGCUUUCAACAAUGAAAUAUAUAAUUGUGAAAACACAAACUGCAAACGACAGUAAUUAAUUAAAUAGAACUUCCUAAAAUUAAAUUUUUUUUGUUUUGCUUAUUAAAAGGCUUUAUCAGGGCCAGAUUUUGAAGUCCAACAUUGGUUACGGAGCAACAAGAAAACCAAGCACAUGCUGCCCAGUGGCUUCCGCAACUUCUUGGUCCACAACGUCAAGGAGCUGGAAGUGCUGCUGAUGCGCAACAAGUCCUACCGUGCAGAGGUCGCUCACAACGUUUCCUCCAAGAAUCGCAAAGCCAUUGUAGAAAGAGCAUCCCAACUGGCCAUCAGAGUCACCAACCCCAAAGCCAGGCUGCACAGCAAAGAAAAUGGAUAGAUGGCCCAGAAGAGCUAGAUGGUGCCACGCUACCACUGCUGAUUACUUGAAAAGGAUCACAAAAGGGACCUGAGUAGAGUGCGAGCACAAAGUGGAACAAGACCCCAAACGAAAAACAGACUCGGCUUACUGCCCUGAUGGCGACUCGGAAUCCCGACGGUGGCCCUUAGCAACUCUCCACUCCCGGAACUGUCCUCUGUCCUCUGACUCAACUUUCAGCCAAAACUAUACAGGCUGGCGGGGAAGAGAACAUCCGAGAGGUAGACACUCCUCAGAAUAACCGGGCACACAAAAUCAAAAGGACGGCAUUGGCUAGUGGAUGAAACCCUUGAAAGCAGGAAGGGACUGGAAAGAAGGAUAAUAAUGGAAAACACAGGGAAGGCGGAAGUGGGAAGAGUGCUGGUGCAUCUCGGGGACUGCAAUCAAUGUGUGAA